AUGAAAUUCGCCGUUGUGUUUGCCGCCGUUCUGACCGUUGCCAUCGCUGCCCCUGUGGAAGACCGGGACGCUCAAGUUCUGCAGUACGAGAACGACAAUCAGGGAAUCGGUGGAUACAAUUUCAAAUACGACACCAGCAACGGAAUCCAGCGGGUAGAACAGGCUCAGCUGAAGAACUUUGGCGAAGAUAUCAAUGCCCUGGUUGUGCGUGGCUCGUACUCGUACGUGGGUGCCGAUGGACAGACCUACACCGUGAACUACAUUGCCGAUGAGAAUGGAUUCCAGCCGGAGGCUGCCCAUCUCCCCCAUAACUAAGAUGUACAUGGAUUUUUUUUUGUUAAUUGAUGUUCUGUUUUAAUUUUUGA